CCCCUUCACCACUAACCCUCAGACCCCUCCUCUCUUCUCUAAAAUCCCUUUCUCCAUUCCAUUCUAAAUUCUCUCCUCUUCCACAGAUUAUUCUGAAACUACCUGAGUAGUACAAAUAGAAGAAGUAAAGGAACAGAAGUUUUGAGGGCUAAGGAUUACACUUGGGUUAACGAAGGAUUUUGGAAUUUUAAGGUGAAGAAGGGAAGAUUAGAAGAGGGUUUGGGAUUGGGGUUUGGAUUAAGUUAGGGUAAAGAGUUAUUAGUUCGGCUAAGUUUAAUUUGGGUUAGAGAUAUUGAAAAAAUUCCUAGAGGUAUAUUUACUUAAUUCUCUUGUAAAUACAAAUUUAAAAUGUUUUAGAAACGAUAUUCUCUCUUUUGUAUUUCGAAUCACUUGUUCUUGUUAUAAACUUCAUCACCUUAUUUUCUGAUUUUAUCUCUUGAAAUUUACUCGAAAGUGACCAUAACCCCAUUGCUACAAAAGCUAUGCUUAAUUUCUUUAUAAAUUACUUCCAUGGAAUGGCUAGGACCAGGAAAGUUUAUCUCUUGCAAAGAAUUUUGAAGAGGAGAUGAAGUCAAUCCUUCUACAAAAUUCUCCAAGUACUCAGUGUCUUUUUCAGGCUGGAUAAUUUCUCAUAGCUCAAAUCAAAGAUAUUCUAAUUUGAUUUGUGAUGGUGAGGAUGACAAGUUUUGUAAAAAUUUUAAAUGACUGACUUUGAUUGAGCAAUCAGAAAAUUUAAGGCUUUCACAUGUCCGAGACGAUACGAGUAUUCUUUCAAAUUGUUUAUGUGAGAUCAUGAAUUUUUUUUAAAUUAAGUCUUUUUAUUGUAUUAGAAGCUAUCUUUCAAAGAUUAUUCAAAUAGAAUUUAAUAUCAAGCGCGGCAUCACCAAGGCAUAUGAAAUUACAGUUGUUGAAAUCUGUACGAUGCAUUGAAUGUAGAAGUUUAUUUGUAUUUUUAUCUUUUCCUUGAAUUCCUCAAAUAUAGAAGUUGUACAUCUCUGUUAUAGAACAUCAAAUCUUAGCUAAUUUCUUCAUUAAUCCUCUCUGCUGAUAAAAUUAAGGUAAUGAUUCAUUUCAAAACAAAUACUCCCAAAAACGUCAUAUUCGGCUUUUUGCUUCAAAAUAAUAUACCUCAAAACAGUUUCUAUCUCAUCUUGCUCUCUCUUACUUUCCUCACAAAUAACUUCCCUCUUCAUCCAAAACCCACCUUCCAUCUUAAAGU